GCGUGGACCACCAGGACUUGACGGUUGCAAUGGAACCGAUGGUUUACCGGGAUCACCAGGGUCUCAUGGUUACGAUGGGCCGCCCGGUUUACCUGGAAUACACGGACCACAAGGACAAAAAGGAGAGCCGGCUAUCGGUCCGCCGGGUCUAAAGGGUCUUAAAGGAGAACCGGGAAGAAGUGGAUUCCCUGGAAUGCCGGGGACACCGGGAAAUGAUGGCUUACCAGGGGCCCGAGGAGAUCCUGGACUUAUGGGACCACCCGGACAAAAAGGAGAUUCAGGACCUUAUGGACCUAAAGGAAACACUGGCGUCGGGUUUGUCGGCGCUAAAGGAGAAUCCGGAGACAAGGGUUUGCCAGGACUUCCCGGCAAUAAUUGUAGUUAUUCUCACGGUGUCCCGGGUACAAUCAUUGGUCUCCCCGGGUCUAAAGGGACCAAGGGAGAAAAGGGUGAAUUUGGAGUCCCAGGAGAGCGAGGAUAUGACGGCAUUCCUGGAGGACCUCCGGGGGAAGUCGCAUAUAAAGGAGAGAAAGGAUUACCCGGACAUCCGGGCACUCGAGGCAAAGAAGGAUAUCCGGGACCCCCUGGAAGUGUUGGAUUUAAGGGCGAUCGCGGAGAGCCAGGUCUCCCGGGUUUGGAUGGAAUCCAUGGACCUAAAGGCGAUGCGG